AUGAAACCGCCUCGAGUGCGUGCUCCGAACGCGCGGCUAAUGGAAGCGCGCGGCACUAAUCCAGCGGAACGGAGCCCGUCCAUGAAUAACGGAUGCGCGGGCAUACCGUGUACCGUACCCUCCCGGCUUAUUUACGCCGCCAGGCGCGCGAGCGGCUCGCCCCGCGGCACGCGAAUUAGGCGGUCCGCUCCCACGUACACGCCCGGGGGUGUAAUAUUUUUCGCCCCGGCGCAAAUACAGCGGCACCGCGACGUCACAUGCCGGCCCGAUCUUGAUAAAGGGUUGUGCGCUAUCGCUCACGAAAGAACGCUAACCGAUCGACCGAUAACGCUCGUCUGGCACGGAAAUUUAAGAGUCGAGCGAUUCCAAGAUAGCCUCCUACCGCUUUGGCGUCAUGCGAUGCCGCCAGCUAUGCAAAAGGAC